AUGUAUUCUUAUAAUUAUGAUACUGUAAAAGUUAUAACUUCAAUGGAUGAAAUGCAGGAAGCAUUUCAAUUAUUUGAUAUUCGAGGCGAUAACAAAAUACAUAUAUCACAAAUUGGCAAUGCUCUACGAGCAUUAGGUCAAAACCCAACUGAAUCUGAUGUCAAUAAAUUUACUCAACAACACAAAGCAGAUGAAAGAAUAACAUUUGAAGUAUUUCUACCGAUUUAUCAAGCAAUUUCAAAAAAUCGAUCAUCUAAUACUGCUGAAGAUUUCAAUGAAGGAUUACGCCAUUUUGACAAAGAUGGUAAUGGAUAUAUAUCAUCUGCAGAACUUCGGCAUCUUCUCACGAGUCUAGGUAUUUUAUUUUUGUAUUAUUAUUUAUUAACAUAG